AACAGUUUCCCCACUUGCAAGCUUUUCUGUCUUAGACUCCCCGCUGAGACUACGAAUCUUUAGAUUUCAGAGCUUUCAUUUUCUCCAUACUCCUUUGCAUCAAACCAGAGUAAUUCAGUUAUCCCCCCCACCAACUGUCUUUCGCUGAUUUACCCAUUUUUGAAAAAAAAGCUAGUAUCAACUUCCCCCAGUCUUACUUGCUAUCUUUCAAUUACAUUUCAUUUUGUUCUUGUAUCUAAUUCUUAUUGAUUAAUCUUUAUUAUGUCUUUCUCAGGUCCAAUUACUCCUCCAAUGGAAUCAACUGGUGACAGAUUGAUGACCUUGGAAACCCAAGAUGGCGUUGCCUUGCAAGGUUACUCCUUUGGUGCACCAGUCACCGCUGCUGGUGAAGUUGUUUUCCAAACUGGUAUGGUUGGUUACCCAGAAUCCAUCACUGAUCCAUCUUAUGAAGGUCAAAUUUUGGUUAUUACCUUCCCUCUUGUUGGUAACUACGGUGUCCCAGAUCGUGAAUUGAGAGACGAAGACGUCCCUGAAUUGCCACGUUACUUUGAAUCUAACAAGAUUCAUAUUGCUGGUUUGGUUGUUGCUCACUACACUGAAGAAUACUCCCAUUUCCUUGCCAAGUCCUCUUUGGGUCAAUGGUUAAAGGAACAAGGUAUUCCAGCUAUCUAUGGUGUUGACACCAGAGCUUUGACCAAGCGUUUGAGAGAUACUGGUUCCACUUUGGGUCGUUUGGCCUUACAAAGUGCUGAAGUUGCUCCAGCUGAAGCUCUUGUUGCUUCCACUUGGAAGAACCACUUUGAUAUCCCAGAAUGGGAUGAUCCUAAUGUCAAGAACUUGGUUGCAAAGGUCUCCACCAAGAAGCCAGUCUUGUACACUCCAGCUAACCCUGUCAAAGGUAAGAACGGUAAGACCAUCAGAAUUGUUGCCGUUGAUGUUGGUAUGAAAUACAACCAAAUCCGUUGUUUCGUUAGACGUGGUGUUGAAUUGUUAGUUGUCCCAUGGGAUUACGACUUCAGCCAAGAAGAAUACGAUGGUUUGUUUAUUUCUAACGGUCCAGGUGAUCCUUCUGUUAUGGCUACCACCGUUGACCGUUUGAAGACUGUCUUGAAGGAAGUCAAGACUCCAGUUUUCGGUAUUUGUUUGGGUCAUCAAUUAUUGGCCAGAGCCUCUGGUGCUUCCACUUUGAAGUUGAAGUUCGGUAACCGUGGUCACAACAUUCCUUGUACCUCCACUAUCUCCGGUCGUUGUUACAUCACCUCUCAAAACCAUGGUUAUGCUGUUGACACCAACACCUUAGCCCCAGGUUGGAAGGAAUUGUUCGUUAAUGCCAACGAUGGUUCUAACGAAGGUAUUUACCACGAAUCCAAGCCAAUCUUCUCUGUUCAAUUCCAUCCUGAAUCCACUCCAGGUCCAAGGGACACUGAAUUUUUGUUUGAUGUCUUUAUUCAAUCCGUUGUCGACUUCAACACCAGUGGAGGUGUCCACAAGGCUGUUGAAUUCCCAGGUGGUUUGCUUGCCGACAACAGAGCUGCUCACCCUAAGGUUGAAGCCAAGAAGGUUUUGGUUUUGGGUUCUGGUGGUUUAUCUAUUGGUCAAGCCGGUGAAUUCGAUUACUCUGGUUCUCAAGCUAUUAAGGCUUUGAAGGAAGAAGGUAUUUACACCGUCUUGAUUAACCCAAAUAUUGCUACUAUCCAAACUUCCAAGGGUUUGGCUGACAAGGUUUACUUCUUGCCAGUUACUGCUGAAUUUGUCCGUAAGGUUAUCCAAUUUGAGAGACCAGAUGGUAUUUACUGUACUUUCGGUGGUCAAACUGCUUUGAGUGUCGGUAUUAAGUUGAAGGAUGAAUUCGAAUCCUUGGGUGUCAAGGUUUUGGGUACUUCCAUCGAUACUGUUAUCACCACCGAAGAUCGUGAAUUAUUCUCUCAAGCUAUGGAAGAAAUCGGUGAAAAGUGUGCUCGUUCUGAAGCUGCUAACAAUGUCCAAGAAGCUAUUGAUGCUGCUAACGCCAUUGGUUAUCCAUUGAUUAUUAGAGCUGCUUUCGCCUUAGGUGGUCUUGGUUCUGGUUUUGCUGAUAACGAAGAAGAAUUAGUUGCUCUUUGUAACAAGGCCUUCGCCACUUCCCCACAAGUUUUGGUUGAAAGAUCUAUGAAGGGUUGGAAGGAAGUUGAAUAUGAAGUUGUCAGAGAUGCCUUUGACAACUGUAUUACUGUUUGUAACAUGGAAAACUUUGAUCCAUUGGGUAUCCACACUGGUGAUUCCAUUGUUGUUGCUCCUUCCCAAACUUUGUCUGACGAAGACUACAACAUGUUGCGUACCACUGCCGUCAACGUUAUCCGUCAUUUGGGUGUUGUUGGUGAAUGUAACAUUCAAUAUGCUUUGAACCCAUUCUCAAAGGAAUACUGUAUUAUUGAAGUUAACGCUCGUUUGUCUCGUUCUUCUGCUUUGGCUUCCAAGGCUACUGGUUACCCAUUGGCUUACACUGCUGCUAAGUUGGGUUUGAACAUCCCAUUGAACGAAAUCAAGAACUCUGUUACCAGAUCUACUUGUGCUUGUUUCGAACCAUCUCUUGAUUACGUUGUUGUCAAGAUUCCAAGAUGGGAUUUGAAGAAGUUCACUCGUGUUUCUUCCUUAUUGUCUUCUUCCAUGAAGUCUGUUGGUGAAGUCAUGUCUAUUGGUAGAACUUUCGAAGAAGCCAUUCAAAAAGCUAUCAGAUCUACUGAUUACCAAAACUUGGGUUUCGGUAAGACUGCUACUUCUUUCAUCUCUAUUGAUGAUGAAUUGCAAACUCCAUCCGAUCAACGUUUGUUUGCCAUUGCCAAUGCUUUGGCUGAUGGUUAUUCUGUUGACAAGGUUUGGCAAUUAACCAACAUUGACAAGUGGUUCUUGAACAAGUUGGACGGUUUGAUCAAGUUCGGUGACAAGAUUGCUUCUUUCGGUGCCAAGGAAAAGCUUCCAGUUCCAGUUUUGCGUCAAGCUAAGCAAUUGGGUUUCGAAGAUCGUCAAAUUGCCAAGUUCCUCAACUCUAACGAGGUUGCUAUUCGUCGUUUGCGUAAGGAAGCUGGUGUCAUUCCAUUUGUCAAGCAAAUUGAUACUGUUGCUGCUGAAUUCCCAGCCUUCACAAACUACUUGUACAUCACUUACAACGCUGACUCUAGUGAUGUUACCUUCGAUGACCAUGGUGUUAUCGUUCUUGGUUCAGGUGUCUACCGUAUUGGUUCCUCUGUUGAAUUCGAUUGGUGUGCCGUUAGAGCCAUUCGUACCCUUCGUGAAAAUGGUGCUAAGACUAUUAUGAUCAACUACAACCCUGAAACUGUUUCUACCGAUUAUGAUGAAGCUGACAGAUUGUACUUUGAAACCAUCAACUUGGAACGUGUCUUGGAUAUCUAUGACUUGGAACAAUCUUCCGGUGUUAUUAUUUCUAUGGGUGGUCAAACUUCCAACAACAUUGCUUUGCCAUUACACCGUCAAAAUGUUAAGAUUUUGGGUACUUCUCCAGAAAUGAUUGAUUCUGCUGAAAACAGAUACAAGUUCUCUCGUAUGUUGGACAAGAUCGGUGUCGAUCAACCUGCUUGGAAGGAACUUACUUCUAUUGAAGAAGCUGAAGAAUUUGCCGACAGAGUUUCUUAUCCAGUCUUGGUUCGUCCAUCUUAUGUCUUGUCUGGUGCUGCUAUGAACACUGUCUACUCUCGUGACGAUUUGGAACUGUACUUGUCCCAAGCUGUUGAUGUUUCUCCAGAUUACCCAGUUGUUAUCACUAAGUACAUUGAAAACGCCAAGGAAAUUGAAAUGGAUGCCGUUGCUAAGGAUGGUAAGAUGAUCAUGCAUGUUGUUUCCGAACACGUUGAAAAUGCCGGUGUUCACUCUGGUGAUGCUACUUUGAUUGUCCCACCACAAGAUUUGGACCCUGAAACUGUCAGACGUAUUGUUGAAGCCACUGCCAAGAUUGGUAAGGCUUUGGACAUUACUGGUCCUUACAACAUUCAAUUCAUUGCUAAGGACAAUGAUAUUAAGGUUAUUGAAUGUAACGUCCGUGCUUCUCGUUCUUUCCCAUUCAUCUCCAAGGUUGUUGGUACUGAUUUGAUUGAAAUGGCCACCAAGGCUAUUAUGGACAUGCCAUUCACUCCUUACCCAGGUGAAAAGUUGCCAGAAAACUACUGUGCUGUUAAGGUUCCUCAAUUUUCUUUCUCUCGUUUGGCUGGUGCUGAUCCAAUUUUGGGUGUCGAAAUGGCCUCCACUGGUGAAGUUGCCACUUUCGGUCGUAACAAGUACGAGGCUUACCUUAAGUCUUUGAUUUCUACUGGAUUUGUUUUGCCAAAGAAGAACAUCUUGUUCUCCAUUGGUUCUUACAAGGAAAAGCAAGAACUUCUCCCAUCUAUUCGUCGUUUAUCUGAAUUGGGCUUCAAGAUCUUUGCUACUGCUGGUACUGCUGAUUUCAUCAAGGAACAUGAUAUCCCUGUUCACUACUUGGAAGUCUUAAACAAGGAGGAAGAUCAAAGAUCUGAAUACUCUUUGACUCAACAUUUGGCCAACAAUUUGAUUGACUUGUACAUUAACUUGCCAUCUUCUAACAGAUUCCGUCGUCCUGCCAACUACAUGUCCAAGGGUUACGAAUCUCGUCGUAUGGCCGUUGAUUACUCCAUUCCAUUGGUUACCAACGUCAAGUGUGCUAAGUUGCUUGUUGAGGCUAUGUCUCGUAACAUUACUUUGGAAGUCUCUGAUGUCGAUGCUCAAACUUCCCAUAGUACUGCUACCCUCCCAGGAUUGGUUAACAUCACUUCCUUUGUUCCUUCCUUGUCUGACUUCGCUGCUACUACUCGUGCUUCUUUGGCCGCCGGUUUUACUUUCAAUGCUUUCUUGCCACAAACCACGGAAGGUUCCAUCUCCAGUGCUGAAGCUUUGAUCGAUGCCUCUGAAGCAGCUGCUGCAUCUGCUUACACUGAUUUCACCUUCUCUCUUGCUGCUUCUGAAUCUAACUCUGAAGAAGUUACUGCUGCUUCUGAAAAUGCUGGUGCCUUGUUCCUUCCAUUCAAUGAAUUUGCAAACUCAAAGGUUUCUUCUAUUUCUAGUCACUUUGCUUCUUGGCCUGCUAACAAGCCAAUCAUUACUGACGCUAGAACCACUGAUUUGGCUUCAGUCUUGUUGUUGGCUUCUUUGCACAACCGUUCCAUCCACGUUACCAGUGUAGCAUCUAAGGAAGACUUGGACUUGAUCAUUAUGGCCAAGGACAAGAAGUUGCAAGUUACUUGUGAUGUUUCUGUUUAUGCUUUAUUCUUAACUAAGGAACAAUAUCCUAAGGUUGCUUCAUUCUUGCCUUCCAAGGAAGACCAAGAAGCUUUGUGGGCAAACUUGGAAGACAUCGACUGCUUCUCUAUUGGUGUUUUGCCUUACCUCAUUGCUAAGAAUGGCGACAAGCCAGUUGCUGCUGGUUUAGGUCUUGCUGAAACCUUGCCUUUGCUUUUGACUGCUGUCAGAGAAAAGCGUCUUACUAUUGAAAACAUCACCAAGCGUUUCCACACCAACCCUAUCAAGAUCUUCAACUUGCCAAAGCAAGAUGCAUCUAUUCAUGUUGACUUGGACUUAUGGACUAAGUUUGGUUCUGAAUCCGCUUUCGGGUCCAAGUUGCAAGGUGGUAUUGAAAGAGUUUUGAUUGCCGGUGAAACCGUUUGCCUCGAUGGUCAAAUCUUGACCACCACUGCUUCUGGAAAGAACGAAGUCAGAUCAAGAUCCGUUUUUGGCUCUGUCUCUGGCCCAUCUUCUUCUACUGCCGUUCCACCUUCCCCAAACAUGUCCAGAAAGGCUAGAAUGUCAUUCAACAAUGAUGCUCGUCGUCCAUCUCUUGCUAAGGACCUGCCUGAUUUGGAAAGAUUAGGUUCUACUUUGGUUUCCGAACCACCAACUGUUUCCCUUAGUGAAACUAAUGCUUUGGUUAACUACAUCCGUAACAACAACCUGUUCUUACGUAACUCUGUUUUGUCUGUCAAGGACUUCACCCGUUCUGACAUGCAUGCCUUGUUCACUGUCGCUCAAGAAAUGAGAUUGGCAGUUGAAAGACAAGGUGUCUUGGAUAUUUUGAAGGGCCGUUUGUUGGCUACUAUGUUCUACGAACCUUCCACUCGUACUUCAUCUUCUUUCGAUGCUGCUAUGCAAAGAUUGGGUGGUCGUGUUGUUGCUGUUCCAGCUGGUGCUUCUUCUGUUAAGAAGGGUGAAACCUUACAAGAUACUAUCCGUACCUUGGCUUGUUACUCUGAUGCUAUUGUUUUGAGACAUCCUUCUGAAGAAUCUGCUGACAUUGCCGCUAAGUAUUCUCCAGUUCCAAUCAUCAAUGGUGGAAAUGGUUCUAAGGAACAUCCUACUCAAGCUCUUCUUGAUCUUUUCACUAUUAGAGAAGAACUUGGUACUGUGAACGGUAUUACCGUCACUUUCAUGGGUGACUUGAAGUAUGGUAGACCAGUUCACUCCUUAUGUUACUUGUUACGUCUUUACCAAGUCCGUGUUCAACUUAUUGCUCCAAAGGAAUUGUCAUUGCCACGUAACAUUCGUGACAUGUUGGUUGCUCAUGGUUUGAAGGUUACUGAAUCUGAAGUUUUGACUGAAGAUCUUAUUGCCAAAUCUGAUGUCUUAUACUGUACUCGUGUCCAAGAAGAACGUUUCGCCGACAAGGAACAAUACAACCGUUUGAAGGACACUUACAUUGUCGACAACAAGAUCUUGUCUUACGCUAAGCAACAUAUGUGCGUCUUGCACCCAUUGCCACGUACCAAUGAGAUCCGUGAAGAAGUCGACUUUGACCAACGUGCUGCUUACUUCAGACAAAUGAAGUAUGGUUUGUUUGUCAGAAUGGCUUUGUUGGCUAUGGUUAUCGGAACUGACUUUUAAAGCGCUAAUUUCAACGGGGAAAACCUUUAAAAGAUUGAAUUAAAUUGCAGACUUGAACUUUAUAAAGAAAAAAAAAAAAUGAAAUCAAACACAUGAGUAUUCAUUUACUCACUUUACCACAAUGAAGCUCAGUGCUUGCUAAUACUUCGGGGGAUUUAUUAG